AAUGGUUCAAUACCUAUCAACAAAAAAAUUAUAGUUUUUUUGCUGUGUUUUGUAGUUUUUUCUUGUAAAUUAAACGAACUGCGCAUCGUAAUUCAUACUUGAAACAAAAACGAGUUAAGCUUUAAAUUGUAACAUCUGAGAUUUGGAAUUGAGAAAAUUAACAAUAAGGGAAUAUGGAAUUCCAUCUAGUGACCUCUGUCGGAAUCAAUACAACAAACGAGUCUGAUCAGAGUUUUCAAUGGACUUACCCUCCUUAUGUGGAACAAUCCCCCGGAAAGUUUGCAGUUUUCAUAUUUUUUGCAGUAACAUUUUCAGUAUUGGGAGUAUUUGGAAACCUUCUUGCAAUAAUUUCAGUUGCACGAGAGAAGGUCCUACGAGUUCCUGAAAAUAUGUUCAUUGUUUCAUUGGCUGCUGCUGAUAUUUUAGUGGCUGGAUGUGUGCUGCCGUUUAGUAUAGCAGGUGUUGUUCAAGGAGAGGUCUUCUUCCACCAUAGAGUAAGAUUAUGUGAAUUUCUUGGAACAGUUUGUUUCAUAGCUUGCGACUGUGCAUUUUGGUGUAUAACUGGACUAGCAGUAAACCGGAUUGUAUUAGUUUGCUAUCCAAAGCAAUACAAGCGCAUUUUUACUUGGAGAACUGCACCAAUUUUUGCUUUUAUACCUUGGUGUAUAGCCUCACUCACUUUGCUACCAAUGUUCUUAAGUUGGGGUGGGAUGGAGUUUGACCCAGAGAGCAUGAUAUGUUUGUUCGACUUUGAUAAAGUGCCAUCCAGUAUGUUCGUUGCUGCUGUACUGUGUGUGUCGGUCAGUCUCUCUUUUGUGUCUAUCAUCGUAGCACAUCUCAGGAUUAAAGCAAAAAGACGGCAGUUGGCAGCGAUAGCUCCAAAUAUUUCAUUGAUGAAUGUUACGGUGGGUGAUAUCAAAACAAAAGAUAAAAAGGGAGACAUAACAAAAGAGCUUCGACAAGAAAUUGAUGAUAUAGCCUUGACUGGACGGUUGCUUACGGCCAUUUUCAUCGCAUCGUUGAUAUGGUUACCUUUCAUCGUUGCCCUGGUGUCACAUCAUAUUAUGAAUUACGGGAGAGAUUUUUGGGCGUUUGCUAAUCUACUCGGUCACAUGCAGUCGGGAUUAGAUUGUUUGUGUUACGUCAUUAUCAGCAAGUAUUUUAGGAGAGGCUAUAAGAACGCUAUACGUUUGAUUUUCUGUUGCAAGAAGAGACAGAUGUACGCUGCAGUUGAAAAUGUAUAAACAGUGUAAGUGCAAAAGAUCUAAAACACGAUCACAAAUAAGAUUCAAUAAAAAUAUCGGACUACUUAUAAUAACCGUUUCUUCGUUGCCAACUAUGAGGAGCUUAAUUUAGUACUCAUGGGGUUACGCAUAAGGAUGUUUCCUGGUCAAAGUCGAAAAUGAUGAACGCAUGUACAGACCCUUGCGUUUUCUUUUCAAAUUACAUACAAGUACAGACCAUAAGUGACUCUGUGAGUUUAAGAAAAGGUUAAUUACUCCAAAGUGUGUUUUAUGAACAUCUUUUAUUUACAUUUAAUUUAACGAGGAAGUGCCCCGUCCAGGUCAAAUAUUGACACUUAAUAGUAGCUAGAAAGAACACCGUAGUAGCAUAUGCUUUUUAUAUCCUUUGUAGCCCAUUAGAAUCUCAGAAAACCAUACUUGAGAUUAAUUGUUAAAUAUAAUUUGAAAUCAUAUAAUAGGUCUAUCGGAUGCACUCUCAGUACUAAAUACCG